ACAAAUAUGGCGGCGCCCUCUAUUGUAAAGAGGUGUAGUGUGGAAGAAAAUAUUUAAAACGAGUGUCAAAACGACAUUUUAUAAAUUGAGACUUUGUUAUUUUGCUUUCACAAAGGCGCGGAAAGGUCUAUAUGCCGAGGUAUGGGAUUGGAGCGCCUGCUUUGUGGAACACUGGAGUAUUACUCCAGGCAGUUUCGACUUGGUAAUAUUCGUCAGAAGGCCAGGCUCUUUGAAAAUGCGUCGAUGUCUGCAGAGACCUCAUGGAACACCAACUCGUUCAACCAAUUCGGUGCCUAUGGACUGUGCGGCGGAAUGUUUGUCCGCAAAGGCCGCCAGCUUACAGCCCGUCGCAGCUUCUGCACCUCCACCCAGCCUUCCAGAGAUGUCACCUUAUUCGAGCACGACAGAACCAGUUUCUUCCGGCUUCUCUCGGUCUUCUGUGGCGGACAGUUUAUCUUCUGGACAUAUUUAGCUCACUUCGCCUAUACCGGGCUCAAAGACACGGGCGGAGCGAAGGAAAAGGGAAAAGCCAAGGCGCACACCACCACGGGGCUGGCUGGAAUGUGGAGUUUUGAGAUGAACCUGGGGUCAAACGCCUGGAGGUACGGCUUCACUCUGGGAUGCCUGACAAUAGGAGCAGGGAUAGUCACCCUCGGGGCUCUGUUCUGCCGGCGCUCUGUUAGUAAGGUGGUUCUACACCAGGGCGGGAGAAUGGUAACAGUCUGCACACAGUCUCCUUUGGGACCAGGCCAAGGCAGGAGCAUAACAGUCCCACUGUCUCAGGUAGCCUGCCACGCCCACAGGCAGGAGUCCCCAUCGUUCAUCCCCCUCAGAGUCAAAGGACAUAAGUUCUACUUUCUGCUUGACAAAGAAGGGAGUGUGAACAACACCAGGCUCUUUGACAUCACUGUUGGUGCAUACAGGCCAAUUCAAUGAUAUGUUAAAACUGGUAUGGACACCAGCAGACGUGACAGAGCUGACAAAAAUAAUAUAUCACUUUCUUUUUGAUUUCUGUCCAAGCAAAUAAAAUCUUUUAAAUAGA